GCGCGCAGGAGCCGGGCGCGCAGGAGCGAGCGGAGCGCGCAGGAGAGGGACGCAGCAGCCAAGGCCUCGCGCCGCCUCCUGGCCCAGGAAGCUCCCGGCAGGCGGGCCCUGCUGACUAUGCGGGCGGUGCCUCGUGCCCGCAGCCCCGGGCGGUUUCUGCGCGCUGGAGAGGAAGGGCGGGUCGCGGCGGCCUGGAGCGUGGAGCCCGCGUGUCGGUGCUGAAAGAACAGCGCCCGCCCUUGCCCGGCCCAUGGUCCCUAUCCCGGCCGGCCGCGCUCAGGCUCCUGCGGCCCCGGGGCUCCGGGGAUGCCCGGAGGGUGAGGCGGCCCGGUCCGAGCCGCGCUCAUGGCGGUGGCCAGGAAGAUCAAAACUUUGCUGACGGUCAACAUCCUGGUGUUCGUGGGCAUCAUCCUCUUCUCGGUGUACUGCCGCCUGCAGGACCGUUCUGAGGCGCUGGUGCAGGUCGUGCGAGGAGCCGAUCGCCGGAUGCGCAAUCGGCUCUCCAAAGCGAGUGCUCUAGCCGACCGCGAGGCCAUCCUGCAGCGCUUGGACCAUCUGGAAGAGGUGGUCUACAACCAGCUGAAUGGCCUCGCAAAGCCCAUCGGGCUGGUGGAGGGGCCAGGUGGCCUGGGCCAGGGAGGAGUGGCUGCCACUCUGCAGGAUGAUAGCCAAGAGACGGAGAGCAAGUUCGAGGAGUUUGGGUACAAUGCACAGCUCAGUGACCGCAUCUCCCUGGAUAGGACCAUCCCUGACUACAGGCCUAAGAGGUGCAGACAGAUGACACACUCCGAAGACCUUCCCCAGAUCUCUGUGGUCUUCAUCUUCGUCAACGAGGCCCUUUCUGUCAUCCUGCGCUCAGUACACAGUGUGGUCAACCACACACCCUCCCAGCUCCUGAAAGAAGUCAUCUUGGUGGAUGAUAACAGUGACAACGUGGAACUCAAGUUCAACCUGGACCAGUACGUUCACAAAAGGUACCCAGGCCUCGUGAAAGUGGUUCGCAAUAGCCGUCGGGAAGGUCUGAUCCGUGCCCGGCUGCAGGGAUGGAAGGUGGCCACGGCUCCCAUCGUCGGCUUCUUUGAUGCCCAUGUGGAGUUCAACACUGGCUGGGCCGAGCCCGCCCUAGCACGGAUCCGGGAGGACCGCCGGCGCAUCAUCCUGCCAGCCAUCGACAACAUCAAGUACAGCACAUUUGAGGUACAGCAGUAUGCCAGCGCUGCCCAUGGCUACAACUGGGGCCUGUGGUGCAUGUACAUCAUCCCUCCACAGGACUGGCUGGACCGUGGUGAUGAGUCAGCACCCAUCAGGACACCUGCCAUGAUUGGCUGCUCCUUUGUGGUGGACCGGGAGUACUUUGGGGACAUUGGCCUGCUGGACCCAGGCAUGGAGGUGUACGGUGCAGAGAACAUUGAAUUGGGAAUGCGGGUGUGGCAGUGUGGCGGCAGCAUGGAGGUACUCCCCUGCUCCCGAGUGGCCCACAUUGAGCGUACCAAGAAGCCAUACAACAACGACAUUGACUACUAUGCCAAGCGUAACGCGCUGAGGGCUGCCGAGGUGUGGAUGGAUGAUUUCAAGUCCCACGUGUACAUGGCCUGGAAUAUUCCUAUGACAAACCCAGGAGUGGACUUCGGCGACGUGUCUGAGAGGCUGGCCCUGCGCCAGAAGUUAAAAUGCCGCAGCUUUAAAUGGUACCUGGAAAACGUGUACCCAGAGAUGAGGGUCUACAACAACACCCUCACGUACGGAGAGGUGAGAAACAGCAAAGCCAGUGGUUAUUGCUUGGACCAGGGGGCAGAAGACGAUGACCGGGCCAUCCUCUACCCCUGCCAUGGCAUGUCCUCACAGCUGGUGCGCUACAGUGCUGAUGGUCUCCUGCAGCUGGGCCCCCUGGGCUCUACCGCCUUUCUGCCAGACUCCAAGUGUCUGGUAGAUGAUGGCCGGGGACGCAUGCCCACCCUGAAGAAGUGUGAGGAUGUAGCCAGGCCCACACAGAGGCUGUGGGACUUCACCCAGAGUGGCCCCAUUGUGAGCCGAGACACGGGCCGGUGUCUGGAGGUAGAGAUGUCUAAAGAUGCCAACUUUGGGCUGCGGUUGGUGGUGCAGCGCUGCUCGGGGCAGAAGUGGAUGAUCCGAAACUGGAUCAAACACACCAGGCCCUGACCACUGCCCCACCCCACCUCCGCACACUCAGGCCCUUGGACUCUUGAGUAUUCCAGCACUCAGAAGAUCCUGGACUGGAGCCAGGAUGGAAACUUCUCGCCCAACCCCACAGACCCAGAGCAACGUGGGCCCUGCACACCUCAGGGCUGGGCCCUGUCACCCGGGACCGCAAAGGAGGCCUGGGAGCAGCAGCUUCAGUCUGCAGUAGGAACCAGACUUUCCUGGUACAGGCAGCUCUGCCUGAGGGAGGACAUCUGAGGACAGCGCACACCCAUGCCAAAUCACGUGCCUUUUCUACAGUGUUCCCCAACUGACUGUGAGGACAGCCUCCACGCAUGUGCUAAGUCCCUGUACAUAACCCACACGGAAAGAAACUCAGCUAUUCAGUGCUGAGGACAGGUGCACCUCACGCCAAGCACCCUGUCCUCCUAGCAGGUUCAGGCCUCCCGGCCCAGCUGCCCUCGCUCACCCGCUCAACCUCGCCAUAAUCUAAGGCAAACUCAGAGGGUGGCCCCUUGUGCUCUGGUAACAAAGCAAUGGGAGAGAUCACAUGGAUAGACAGACCCAGUGAACAACACCUCAUCACCUUUCUUCCUGAGGACCAGCUUGGCAGUCGUGGGGCAUGGGUCUCAGCCUGGAAAGUGAGUCUCUUGUUCUGCCAUUUCUGUAGUGGGCAUCAUCAAAUGACCCCUCCGGCCCCUCACUUGUUUUAUAAAUAAAGUUUUAUUGGCACACA